GAAAAAAAGUUGACGAAACUCUCUACCGGAGGCGCUAGUUUUUGCCGUCGGCGAGGCUAUUUCAUUUGCCUGAGGAUGAACGAAGUUGAUAAGCGAAAGGAAACGCCUGAUGGACAUGAAAAGCUUGUAAAUGAAGGAUCUGCUGCGCGAACAAGACCUACAAGCGUUGAUGAGAUUAGGCUAAGGAGGAAGAGGAAAGAGUCCUUGGAAAAUGUGACAGAGGAAACUGUAGGAGUAGCCCAGUUACUGGGUAACGAUCUUGUUGAGAAGGCUUCUGACUAUCAUGAGUCUGAAAAAGGGUAUGAUAGAUCCAAGAAUUUGAGGCAUGAAGAACAUGUUAAGGACAGUUCAAGAAAGAAAGAAGACGCCAUUUCCAGUUCUAUGGAAGAAAAACUAGAAAAACCGAUGGAAGAGGACCCUAUGGGAGCAGCUCAGUUCGCCUGUAAAGAUCUUGUUGAAAAGGUUCCUGACUAUCAUGAUUCUGAAAAAGGGUAUGAUAGAUCCGAGAAACUGAGGCAUGAAGAGCUUGUUUUGGACAGCUCAAGAAAGAAAGCAGAGGUUAUUUGUAGUUCUAGAGAAGAGAGACUAGAUAAACCAAUGAAAGAUGUUCCUGUUGGAGCAGCUCAGUUACUGGGUAACGAUCUUGUUGAGAAGGUUUCUGACUAUCAUGCGUCUGAAAAAGAGCAUGAUAGAUCUAAGAAAGUGAGGCGUGAAGAACGUGUUAAAGACAGCUCAAGAAAGAAAGAAGACGCCACUUCUAAUUCUAGGGAAGGAAAACCAAUGAAAGAGGAUCAUGUGGGAGCAGCUCAGUUACUGGGUAACGAUAUUGUUGAAAAGGUUUCAGACUAUCAUGCGUCUAAAAAAGGGAAUGAUAGAUCCAAGAAAGUGAGGCGGGAAGAACAUGUUAAGGACAGUUCAAGAAAGAAAGAAGAAGCCACUUCUAGUUCUAGGGAACAAAGACUAGAAAAACCGAUGAAAGAGGACCCUGUUGGAGCAGCUCAGUUACUGGGUAACGAUCUUGUCGAGAAGGUUUCUGAUUAUCAAGCGUCUGAAAAAGGGCAUGACAGAUCCAUGAAAGUGAGGCGUGAAGAGCGUGUUAAGGAAAGUUCAAGAAAGAAAGAAGAGGCUAUUUCUAGUUCUAGAGAAGAAAAACCGAGGAAAGAGGAUCAUGUGGGAGCGGGAUCAGCUCAGUUACUGGGUAACGAUCUUGUUGAUAAGGUUUCUGACUAUCAUGAGUCUGAAAAAGGGUAUGAUAGAUCUGAGAAACUAAGGCGUGAAGAGCGUGUUAGGACCAGUUCAAGCAAGAAGGAAGAGGCCAUUUUUAGUUCUAGAGAAGAAAACCUAGAUAAACGGAAAAAAGAGGAGGAGCCUGCUGCGAAUAGAAAAAGGAAAGCAGAAGGAGAGAGCUCUACAGCUGAAACCAAAUUAGUGGAAGAACAUAGUAAGGAUAGACGAAGAAAGAAAGAAGAAACUAAUUUUAGUUGUAAGGAGGAAAGACGAGAUAAAAAGAAGAAGAAGGAAGACAGAAAAAUUGAAGGAGAAUUACCUACAACUGAAAUAAUAACAAUGACAGAUAGAGAUAGGCUUGGUGUGGAUACCAAAAUGAAGGAAAAAAAAGAAAGCUCUGCUGCAAAGACAACUGAAAAGCAGAUUCGUACAGAGGAAACAGACAGUGAACAAGCAAGAAGUGCUCUUGAAAAUUUAUCCAGUAGUAGGAAGCGGCUUAGAAGUCUAGUGGUGACAGAUAGACCUCGAGAUGAAAAUAGUAUGAAACCUGACAAUGGAAACAAGAGAAAGAAUCAAAAUGGAGAUCAUAAGAAGAAUAGGGAGAGGAAUAUGUCAAAGAGGCAUGAUCCAGGAAAAGUUCACAGUGUUGAAGUUUCAGAGCGAUGGCAAAAAAGGGAACAACCAAAAUCGCAUCAACGUGAAAUGAGAAAGAAAAGGAGGAGAUCAAGAAGUAGAGAUCAUGGGCAGGAUAGACAGAAAAGGUCAUCCCCCUUACCAAGGGCUCAAAAAGCUACAUCGCGUCAUAAGAGAGACCAUGAGGAGCGAUUGGAAAAUGCUGUUACGGAUAGGUCGGGAAAGCACCAUUUUAAUGAUAAUGGAAACAAAGUGGCAAGCACAGUAAAUAACAAGUCUAAACGGUAUAGUGCUUCCAAAAGUGAACUUGGUGGAUAUUCACCACGGAAAAGAAGGGAGGAGGCCUCUGCCAAGGCUGUCUCACCACCUAAUCUGUCUUCUGAGAAAAAAGGUGCUAAAUGGGAUCUUGCACCUGCUGUAACUGCUGCCAUGUUUUCGGGCUCAGUUUUUUCUGGUCUCCAAGCAGCAGCUCAGACAGCGUAUCCUACCAACAGUGAGGCUUCCUUGACGCUUUUGAAACCACUUAUGGAGGCGCCUUUUAGGACGCCAUCGGCAAGGGAGAUCACGUCAGUUGAUUCUGUUAAACUGACCGAAUCCACCAGGCGUAUGAGGAGACUUUACGCAGAAAAUGUGUCGGAUUCGGCCUCUGAGAAGUCUCUGAUUGAAUGCUUCAAUAGCUAUAUGCUCUCUUCAGGCUCCAAUCACAUAAAAGGAAGCGAACCAUGUAUUAGCUGUAUUAUAAACAAGGAAAAAAGUCAGGCGCUAGUGGAGUUCCUUACACCACACGAUGCCUCUGCUGCACUCUCCUUGGAUGGCUGCUCCUUUGUGGGUUCAAACCUCAAAAUUCGACGCCCUAAAGGCUAUGUCGAGACAACACAGCUUGAUUGACUAUGUUUGCCUUCUAAAAUCAGGGAAAUUAGGAGACUUAUUUUUAUUUUCACCGAUUCAUGAUUCAGUCUUAGGUGUCAUACCUGUGCGACUGCUUAAAUCUACUCUGUUAGGCCCCAAAAAUUGCUCAUGGUCGUCUUUGAAGGCAAUCUCGAUGGAAGCAUCAUGCCACUUGUUCUAAAACUAUGUGUUGCACUUAAAGAGUUUAGUAAAUGUAGGAUAGUUGA